UUAGAUAGAAGCACGCGAUCGGGUUUGUUGUUCUUCGAUCUUCUAUUGAAUACUUUGAUUUUGAAGAGUUUUGAGAAAAGGAAAAUAUGGAGAAAGUGAAGAAUAUAUUGAAACCCAAACCGAACCCUCAACAGCUUUUAAGGGAUUGGCAACGUCGCCUCCGACAAGAGUGUCGAAAUAUCGAACGCCAAAUUCGAGAUAUACAGAGAGAGGAGAAGAUUGUACAGAAAUCAAUUAAAGAAGCUGCUAAGAGAAAUGAUAUGGGUUCUGCUAAGUCCCUAGCCCAAGAGCUUGUGAGAUCUAAAAGAACUGUGAACCGAUUGUAUGAGAACAAGGCGCAGUUGAAUUCGAUAUCCAUGCACCUUGGAGAAAGUGUCGCUGUCGCUCGCACUGUGGGGCAUUUGUCCAAGAGUGCUGAAGUCAUGAAGCUUGUUAAUAAUCUUAUGAAGGCUCCAGAAGUGGCUAUUACAAUGCAGGAAUUCAAUAAAGAGAUGACCAAGGCUGGUGUCAUUGAAGAAAUUGUGAAUGAUGCAGUGGACAGUGCAUUGGAUUCAGAAGACAUAGAAGAUGAGAUUGAAGACGAAGUUGACAAGGUCUUAACGGAACUUGCUGGUGAGACUACUGCUCAACUUCCUGAAGCAGUCCGAAAGGAGAAGUUAAAGCAACCUGCUCAGGCAGUUGGAGAUGAAGAGGAUGCUGAUGACGAGGAAGAGUUAGAAGAACUAAGGGCUCGUCUUGCUAAAGUAAGAUCGUAACUGAUACUUCAAUCAACCUCCAGUUCCUGAGGGUUCAAUUAUAAAAGGGCAGUAUGUGAAGUGGCAGACUCCUUGUAUGGACUGCUGUGGCUGCAUCUUCUUUCUGGUUGAGGAAAUAGUUGAGUACUUUCUGUAUCUAAGAAUCAACUGUCUUGUGAAGUCAUAUCCAGCUUUUGAUACCAUGUAGUCAUUGUCCAAAUCCGAGAUAUUAUUCUCUCACGCUAUGUGUUAUCGGAAAUGUAGUGCUUUUCAAUGUAAGGCGAUGAAACACUAUGUUACUGACUUUUUGCUUUUCAAUUUAUGGAGAUGAAACACUAUGUUAAUGACU